AUGGUGGCUGGAGCGAGUGGAGCUCCUGGAGUAUCUCUCCCAAACCAGUUGGUGGUAUACAAACAAGACAGAGAGAAUGCACCAAUCCAGAACCAGCACAUGGUGGGAAACACUGCGAUGGGACCGGAGCAAUGCUAAGAGAAUGUAGCAACAUGUCCAGUUGCCAAGAAGGUAGCAUACAAAUUGUAGCCUUUCUGAUUUCAGUGGAUGAAAACUUCUUUGUUGAAACAAAAUGAACUAAUUCAGGAAUAAAAGCUAUAAUAACAACAAAUGAAUGGAACUGCUAAGGUUGAACUUUAAUCACAUAAUCAUCCACGCAAAGUAUAUGAAAUGCACAAAUUAUCAAAAGUCAGGAGUUCAUUAUAAGUCAGAAAUCCUUCAUAAAUGCACAAACUUUGUACAUGUAUGGAAUUCACCAAGCUUUUCUUGAAAGAAACAAAACAAAUCUCCACUACCAUUAGUACUACAAUAUAGGUACUAAAUUCUUGGAAGAAGCUUUCGCUGAUAUUUGUGGUCGCUCUGUAAGAAGUCUGCACUAUCAGCGCAAUGGCGAUUACGAAUUUUGUUGGACUGCCCGUAAGCAAUACCUUUUAGCUAAUCCGGUAGUGCUAACUAUCAUCUAAUGUUUAAAAAUGCGAGAGCCUCAGUUAUUAAUAACAUUUUGGCAUUGACCUGCUGGCAAAGAAAAUCAUAUUAGCUUAAAAGGAAAUUCUUCCCCCAUUAACUGAAAAGAAAUCUUUCAACAAUGCAAGGACUGCUGUUACUAGGGUAAUUAUAUGGGGACAUCAUCAACACAAGAACUUACCUAUGCUGAAGUAGUUCACGCUGUUUAUUGUUAUCCUUAUUUGUCAAUUUUUUUUAAUAUUUGAAGAAUUUCCCCUGCGUUUUGAAACAGAGAAGAACCCAUCUGUCGGUACAAUGAAGAUAUUCUCAAACAGCAGCUGGCAAAAGCUGUGUACCAGUCAAUGGGAUGACGCAGAUGAAAAUUCAACCUGCAUGGCCAUGGGCUACUAUAGCAACGCUGUGUAUGCUAAUGACACAAGGUACGCAGAACGUGGCAAUUCCUCAGAGAUGUCCACUCACUACAACUGUACCAUUCCCACCACAUGUCAAAACAACUUGGAAAAGAAACAACAAUUUUGCAAAGGUAAUAAUGAAUUGCACUCAUGUAAUAUCCACAUGAUCUCCAAAGAUGGUAACUUGAUAGAUUUACUCACACUCCAGAUAAGAAAAUUUUUCCGAGAUCAAUGAUUGUUCAUCUUCAGGUAUCUUUUAGGUUCUAAAAAGGUAUCUAUCGCUAAAAAUGUAGCGGGUUUCUAUUGUUUACACCCUAAGACGAUUAUAGUUGAAUUACUGCCGAAAGAAGAACCUAGCUGCGCAGUUAUGCAUUUGGGUUUCACGAACUUCAUAACCUCCAAACCCUUCACCAAGUUUCCUUAAAACUAUUGCAUCCUUCUAGUUUCCUUUUUUCUCUCUCUCUCGUGUAACUAGGGAAUUUCACAAUUUUUCACCCUAUUUAUACUUAACUAAACGCCUUUUUCUUGAUUAUUCCGUGAGAAAUGCUUUAAAAUGACUUUCUUGUUUAAAAUGUAAAUCACCCUUUUGUGUUCUACGAAGGCAAAGAAAACACGUCUUGAAUGUUCCAAAAUUGUUGAAAAAACAUCUAAUUUUACAAUUUAAAACGCAGUCACGAAGCAAUGAAAAAGAGGUUUGUCGUAAAACAUUGCAGCAAGGAAACCAUAUCGUGACAACGAACGAUGCGGCCAACGUUCGAAUACUGAAUGAUUUGCACCCAGAAUUUCCCUUAAAAAACACUUAGACAGGCGUGAGCUAUUUAUCAUUUCAUGAUUUAUAGGCAUUCUUGAUUCAUGAUAAUUAGUGUUUUCCAUCUUAACGGAUUGAACUUUUUGUAAUUUCAUAAGUUCCUGUUCGCUUGAAUGGCGCAAAUGUGGAGUAUGGAGGAAGAGUGGAAGUGUUUUACAAGGGGAAAUGGGCAAAGAUAUGUAGGAAUAAAUGGGACUUUAAUGAUGUCAAAGUUAUUUGUCGUCAACUUGGCUUUGAAGAGGCUUUGGCGGAAUUCAUUGGGUCAGACAUAAAGGCUGAGGGAAUACCUUUUGCAAUGUCCGAUGUCUCUUGCACCGGGGAAGAGUUUGAACUUGCAUCAUGCGAUCGCAUCGAUGGAAAGUUAAAUAUUCCACCUCAAUGUCAGUCGGAUGACAAGGGUUCUCAAGCGCUGUGUCAACCAAGUAAGCAACUAAAUUUUUUGGUCUGAUUAGGUAUUCUGGUUUUCGUGGUUAUUUUUCUUCUUGCCAUUGACCUUCUAAAGUAGAGGGAAAUCAGAGUAAAUUGAGAUACACAGAUGACUAGAAGACCAUUUCUAAAAACAUUCUGCUAAAGUAUGACUUGCGGACAAGCAUAUACCUGUUCGCAGACUUUACGCUCAAGAUAGCGACAUGACAUCGACUGGGGAUAAAAUGACUUAGUUUAGUUUAGGGUAAAAAUGACUCAGAUGAUUUUGAUUUUAUCAACCGAGUUGAUAAUGUUAAUUUGCCCCCCGUAAAGAGUUUCAAAGCUGAAUUUCGAGCGUUAGCCCUUUGUCAUGGCGGGUGUUAUACUCCCCCCACGGACGUAGCACCACAGUUUCUUAAGAGAGGAUGUCAGCAUCCAUAGAACAAAUUUGAAAUAUUGUGGCAAGUCGCCAAAAUUCGUUUUCUCUCCGACUUUCAUAUUUUGUAGCCCAAUAUGUCCUAGAUAAUUGUCCGACAUACUUUUAUUAUGUCGAAAAGUAGCACCAAAACAAAGACAGUGACCGAUAUAACAGAAUUUACUGAGCUUCUAGCUUUUAAAAGACAAAAGGAUGGUUAUAAAGUUACUGUAAAAAUUUCCUUGUGUAUUUGUGUUGUUCUAUCGUGAGACGAACUCAAAGUCCGGCAUUAAAUUUAGGGUCUGUUUAGAUGGAGGUGGGGGGACCUCAGGUCGCCUGUCAAUAUAAUUUCUUGUUUUAUUUUGAUCACGUUUGCAUGAUAGGUGGGGUAGGUAGGGUAACCCUGUCAGCAAUUUUGCUAUGUAAACGUCUCAAGGCGGGGGUAACCCGCCUAGCCGGGGUAGCGUUCAUGACAAAAAGCUCAAAAGCGAAAUAUGUAUGUUUUAAAACUUUGUACAUACCCUAGCCGUCUCAUGGCAGAAAUCAUCAGAAACCGUAACGGACACACAAAGGAGUGUAAAAUGUUCACAUUUCGAAAUAUUUAGCGUUCCCAAAAUAUUCCGUUUAAAGUAUUAAGUCAACGGUUCCUCGCGAAACCAAACACCGCGUAAUACAACGUGUGACGCUUUCAUGAACAAAUACAUUUGUGAGCGAGGAUUAAUUUUCCAUCUUUUUCGAGAUGUGAGCUUGGGACACCUCUGGGUAGACUCCCUAAUUGCAAGCGCAACAACAACCUCAAGAAACCUCACCCCAGCACCCCGGGGUUUUAAGAUUGCAUGUAAACGCGUUUUAUUUUUCGACCACGGUUAGGCGGGUUACCUCACCUACCUGGGGUCCCCCACCUCCAUCUAAACAGGCCCUUGCCUACUUGUCGCCAUCGUUUAGUAGCAUAAAUCACAACAAUUUGUAAACAAAUAUCUGACAUAACACUCUUACCCUAUUUAUUUAUGACUUUAUUAGCUGUUUCGAUGAUCAAAUUAUGCCCUACCUCAUUUUAGCCAGAUUUAAAAUCUUCUCCACGUUAUUAUAUCAGUUGCAUGACAAGCGUGACACAUAAAUUCAAGGAUGAGUCAACCUCCGAAUUACCAAGAGAUAGGUUUUUUUUUUCCCUCUUUGCAUAUCUGCAUAUCUAUAAAAACCUUCCAAGAAUUACUGUAUUCAGAAAACUAAAAUAUCCAGAUCCAUCCAUGGUUCCUUUGCCGGUGGAAGUCAAAGAAUGUUCACAAAAGUCAAUUCGAUUGACAAGCUCCAUACUGAUUUAGUUAAUUGUUCUGUUGUGUAAGCGUCUCAUCUUACAUGCCAACAUGGAGAUUUGCUGUUCAUUUAAAUCGUUCGCUGGUGGGACUUUUGGGUAUCGUUAUCGAGAAGACCGACGUUGCAUAUCUCAGGUCGUUCCCUUGCGUAGUUGUAAAAAAGACAUUUCAAGUCACUUGCGGAGAUCCAGAAACUGAAGUUAAUCUUAUUUUGUCGCGAGCCGGCAUCUUCGAGACACCAAAAGAUACCGAUAAUUUCACAAUCUGCCCCACUCGUAGAUCAAAUAUCGGUACCGGUGUUGGGUGCCUAAAGAAGUGUACGGCCGUGGUAAAGGUAGGGUUGAGUCGAUUCCAAAAGCUGAUUGGAGAAUUGGCAAGCAUGUAUCACAGAUAGUACGCAAGACGUCUGGAAAAUUCACUGUACCACCUUGUGCAAAAUUACGCGUUCCGUCAGACUUAGGUCUCGAUUGGGAAUUGGUCAAUACACACCCUGUCAGCACCCAGUAACCCGCUUUUAACUGCUACGCCGCUACUGAAACAACGAUUAGUAGCCACAAAAGUGACACAUUCAAAUAUUGUCAAUUCAACAUAAACAAAAUCUUCAUACAGGGUAAAUAUUCAUUUUUGUUGGGAUCAAUUAUUGCGUGACUAGCUUAUGAUAUAAAUGGGGUAGGGGAAAACACAACUUAAAACCUGGGCUCCUGGCAAAAAGUAAUACCGAAGCGUAAUAUAGUAACCGAAACAGCUUCUUGGUCUUAAAAAAUCAUAAGUAAACAAGGUAAGAGUGUUAUGUUCGAUUUUUUUUUUUUACAAAUUGUAGUGAUUUAUGCCAAUAAACGGUGGCGACAAGUAAGCAAAUUUUGCCGGACGUUGAGUUCGUCUCACGAUAGAACAACACAAAUACACAAGGAAAUUUUUACAGUAACUUUAUAACCAUCAGCAGAUUCUGUUAUAUCGGUCAUUUUUGAAACUGUCUUUGUUUUGAUGCUACUUUUCGACAUAGAAAAAGUAUGUCGGACAAAAAUAUUUACCAAAAAAUAAAUAUUUCUUUGCUAGCUUCAAUACUGAGAGGGGAUUAAGUUUCGAUGAUGAAAAAAAGAUUAUGUUGACAGAAAUAUCGGAGGUCAAGUAAAUUCGUUACAUGAGGUCACGCACUCGGGUGAUAUUCACGGUGAAAAUUUGCAUAUUUGAGCGGUCGAACGAAAAAAAUCAUUUCUCGAAAACUAAAAUAUAUUUUUACGAAAAAACUACACCACAAUUAUAACGACAUAUUGGGCUACAAAAUGGUAGGAGUGAAAGUAGGAGUGAAAGCAACUUACCCUCCUCAUUGAUGAUUCAGCUUGGCAUAUCUUUCAUGAAUGUAAUCUGACUGCUCAUAAGAUCACUUGACUUCAGUUAAGGGUUACCUAAUUUCUUUUAACGGGUGACAUAACCUUUUUUGGAUGCGAUAUAAUUCUAUUCAAAGGUUACAUUACUUUGGUAAUGGCUGACAUGACUUUCUUUGGAGUAAUAUAACUUAGUUUUAAGUACAACAAAGUUCCAAAAAUUUCUCAAGUUAAGCUUUAUUAAAGGUAAAUAUAUUCAACUUUUCUCUUCUUGUAGUGUUGAUUACACAGAAUCUGACUUAUUUUGACAUCUUCCACACCGAACCAUUUUUUUUUUUUGCAGAGAACAAGAAUGUGUUGAAAAGAAAUGAACUCUAUUUUGAUAUUGGUAGCAGAGAAAAGCUUCAUUGCUCUAUAAACAAUAAAACCAAUUACGUUAGAUGGGUCAUCAAUGGGCGAAAGCUUGAAAUAACAAACUCUACUUCUGAAAGGAUCAAGGCUAAAGACAAUGGUGAUCUGUUCAUUGAUGAUGUGCAGCUGUCUGAUGGAGGAAUAUAUGAAUGCCAGAGAUUGGAAUAUGUUCAAUAUUACAUUGUCUACAUAA